AUGGUCCCCAGUCCCAUGCAUGCUCCCCAGUGCCAACGGCCACUCCGCUUCUUCCCGCAGGACACAGACAACUCCGGUGCCACCAUCCUACACCUGGCAGCCCGCUUCGGUCACCACGAGGUGAUUGACUGGCUCCUGCCCUUCCAGGGUGUGCCGGCUCAGCCCUGGGCACCUGUGGGGAUUAACCCCCCGCGGCCUGCAGCCCAGCCCCAGCCCAGCCACGGCUCCCACUCGGUGCCCGUGGUGUCGGCCCCAGUGUGCACGCUGAGUGCCCAGACCAAGACAGGGGCCACCCCGCUGUACCUCGCCUGCCAGGAAGGCCACCUGGAGAUCAUCCAGUACCUGGUGCAGGACUGCGGGGCCGACCCCCACGCGCGCGCCCACGACGGCAUGACCCCACUGCACGCCGCUGCCCAGAUGGGCCACAACACUGUCAUCGUCUGGCUGAUGAGCUUCACGACGGUGAGCCUGUCGGAGCGGGACGCCGAGGGGGCCACGGCCAUGCACUUUGCCGCCAGCCGCGGCCACGCCAAGGUGCUGAGCUGGCUGCUGCUGCACGGCGGGGAGAUCACCACCGACAGCUGGGGCGGCACGCCGCUGCACGACGCCGCCGAGAACGGCGAGCUGGAGUGCUGCCAGAUCCUGGUGGUGAACGGCGCCGAUCUCAGUGUCCGUGACCAGGAUGGCUACACGGCGGCCGACCUCGCCGACUACAAUGGCCACGGCCACUGCGCCCAGUACCUGCGCACUGUGGAGAACAUGAGCGUGGAGCAUCGCGUGCUGUCGCGAGACCCCUCGGCAGACGGGGAGUGCCGGCAGCCCGACUCGGGCAUGUCGUCGCCCAACACCACAGCAUCGGCGCCCCAGCCGCGCUUCGAGGUGGGCUCCCCUGCCCGCACCCUCUCCAACUUCUCAUCCUCCACCCUGGGCACAGCUGGGCACGGCUGCACUGAGCUGCGCUCCCCGUUGCAGCUGGCAUCGCGCGAGAGCAGCCCCGAGGGCCUGCGCCGGGCCGACUCCACCAGGCGGUCAAGGAAUUUCGGCAAGCAGCCGAGCACCGGCGACUACUACAAGCACCUGGGGCACGGCACCAAGUCCUUCAACAUGAUCUCCCCCACCGGCGACAACUCGGAGCUGCUGGCUGAGAUCAAGGCUGGGAAGAGCCUCAAGCCGACGCCGCAGAGCAAAGGCUUCACCACCGUCUUCUCCGGCAGCGGCACGGCAGAGUCGCCGGUGUCCUCCCCGUCACCCACCAGGACACCCACCCCACCGGCCACCCCCGAGGCUGCCGGGCCACCACGCUGCCUGGCAGGGGGCUCGCCAGAGCCAGUGCUGAACGGGAGCUCGCCAGUGGCGGCGGGGGAGGCGGUGGUGCCGAGCCAUGACGAGCAGGGCCGGCCCAUCCCUGAGUGGAAGCGGCAGGUGAUGGUGCGCAAGCUGCAGCUCCGCAUGCAGGAGGAAGAGGAGCAGCGCCGUAAGGAGAAGGAGGAGGAGGCGCGCCUGGCCAGCAUGCCGGCCUGGAGGAGGGACAUCCUGCGCAAGAAGCUGGAGGAGGAGAGGGAGCAGAAACGGAAAGAGCAGGAGAAGCUGAAGCGGGAGGAGGAGGAGAAGGAGAAGGAGCAGUCGGAAAAGCUAAGGACUCUCGGGUACGAUGAGACAAAGCUGGCGCCCUGGCAGCGGCAGAUCAUCCUCAAGAAGGGGGACAUAGCCAAGCACUAG